AUGGCUGAAAACGAAGAGUUUCUCUGUGAGAUCGAGAGUGUAGCAGAUCUGAAUCCUAAUAAGACGAGCUGGUUCAUCUUCGUGAAGGUGUUGAGGAAGUGGAGGCCUCCAAUCAACUGUUUAGGGCAAAUGACUGAGAUGAUUCUUUGUGAUGAAACGGGUAAAAGAAUAGAUGCAACUAUUCCUCCAAUCUCUUACAUGUUUGACUUCGAAAGGGAUAUAGUAGAAGGUGAAUGGUACUUGAUGUCCAACUUUCGAGUGAUAAACCCUCCAAAAUUCCCUAGAAACUCAAACCAUCGUUAUCAGAUAAAGUGUCUCUAUGAGACAAACAUGAAUCAUGUUGAUCCAAGAUCUGAAUCUCACUUCUUUGAUUUUCUGUCGUUUACCUACAUAAACGCUAAUCGGAUCAAUGACUCUUUCGUUCAUGAUGCUUUUGGUGUUGUUUGGACUGUCUCGGCCAUUAAGAGAAUUCCAUGGGUUGCUACUGAAAAUGCAAUACAAGAUGACUGUCCAUUGGUAGAGAUUGAAUUUAAGGAUUCAACUGGUGAGAUUGUCAAAUGUUGUGCUGUGGGAGAAUACUGUGAUCGGUUCAUGCAUAGCUGGCGUAACAAAGGAUAUGACGAGGAGUUCAAUUUCCAGUUGGGUAAUAUGCCAGUAGUUUGUGUUCUUCGCCAUUGGAGAGUCUCUACUUACGAAGGGGAACCAUGUCUCAUCUCUGGAUUCCGUUGCUCUAGCAUCUUCAUGGAUCAUGAUUUCGAUGAAAUAGACAUAGAGAACUUACUGACUGGCUUCUUAGCCGAUGUUAUUGUCGAUAAUGGUCCAAAUGAUGUGGAAGAUAACUAA